CACAGUCAGAGUACACUCUCAAUAAUCUUAUCAACAGAGUUUGAGGAAGCAUUUCUAUGCUAAACUUACAGACAAUGAUGUUUUGUUUUAGACCAGAGGUGUGGUCCUUCUCUGUGAGUCCAUCUAGCAAAAACAAUCUAACAGUAGCAGAAAAUAAUCAGUUACAUCGGAAAAAGUGUUAACGGAAGAGUGGGACCCAUUUUUCAUGCUGAAAGGGAAGUCGUGUGAAAGGCAGACGUUACUAGCAUCUGACGCCUACAGAGGAGGAAGCUGUAGCUUUGCUGAGAGACAAUUGACUAGGUGUCGCCCAUCUUCUCCACUUAUUUCCUGGGUAUUUAUGCCUGUGUUUUCUGUCUGUCUGUGCCAGUUUGUCUUGUUUGUGUUUCUGUUUGUUUUUUUCCUCAGUGGCUGUUCACACGAUCACUUUGAGGAUGGAGAGGAGGAGUGCGGGUCUUUUGCAUACCCAGCCUCUCACACAUGGUGGCGAACACACGGGACUCAAAGUUUCUGCCUUGGUCGCUGUGGAUGGACUACGCAGCACCGAACCUGCAGAAAAUCCCUGCUGUCAGGGAGUCGACAAUGGUGUCUGCCUCCUGGUCCCAGACUAUUUGGUGAAAUAGUCCAUGGCCAUGAGUACCCGGAGGUUUCCACUGUCUGUGGUGGGGAGUGGUCCAACUACAUCCCCCUCCCACCGGGAACUGUUGGAGAUGGAUGGCCCUUUUUUGCUGUGCAGUUGUCACAGCUCCGGCAAAAGUCCUCCAUGUGCUGCCCCCAGUAAAAGCCCUGAUGGAGGCGGCGGAGUGAUUUUGUGACUCGCAAAGUGUCCAGUCCCCACCCCUGCCAUGAGCACUCUGGAGAACAGCUUCCCGCAAUGCUUUUGGGACCGCCACCUCUCCUCUCCCGUAGCUGUCUCCUUCCAUGCCCGCUGUAGCACACCAUCAGCCAGCCGCAGUCUCUCAAACUUUGACCACAACCCUUUGUCGCGAGUGAGAGCGCUGCCACCUCUUCCAAUGGUGGCCUUGGCUGCGCCUCUAUCCACUGUAGCACCGGCUGUAGGUCUGUGUUCUGUCCCUGCUGCUGCCCCCGUUCACCCACAGCGGCAGUCUGCAGCUCACAGCAGACAGGCCUGCUCGCCCGACACUGUGGCACAGACCCUCUCCACUGCACACGGCCCUCUCGCAGUGGCGGCACCCGUCUGCAGUACAGGGCCGACUUGGAGUGGCGUACCCCUGCCCUGUGCACCACUGUGAAGUCUUACCAAAAGACCAGCAGAACUGAAAGUGGGUUUCAGCUGUAUCGUCUGGACCACAGACAGUGACAUUACUCUAACCAAGGUGACAAGAGGCCCUCUGUGUACCUCUACAAAGUUGCUUUCUGUCACCAGGGUAUGAGAGCUACGAGAGCACAUGUCUAACAACUUAGAUUAAACAACAAACUAGAUUGACAAACAUUCCCCAUUUUCUAUUUAAAUUGAUGAAAAGUGUUGCAUGAGAUGUCUGAUAUGAGCUACUCAGACUGUGUUGGCAGAUGUAGCAUGGCUAUGACGGUUUUAGGAUUUGCAAAGCAUGAACCAGGUUGGAAAAGAAAUUCAACAUAGAAACGAUUUCCUGGUUGUCUGCAGUGUCUUUGGUGUUAACCACAAAGUUAUGUCACGUCAACAGAUGAUUUGUCUUUCCUUGUUAAAAAGGAAGCAAGUUGCUUGAGUAGUCAUGGUGACUGUAUUUUGUGACAACACACACAAUAGUUACAAAAACUAUAGUGACAAGACGAAGAGAGACUCUCAAUUGGUUUUGCUCGACUCCUCGUGUCCUGUCCUCUGUCCUCGCCUGCUUUUGAAAAAGGUCAAAGGUAAUCGCGGAGUGAAACGUGAAAACAAAUGCGCUUGUAUGAAAUGACUCUCCUCCACUCAUGCGUCAAGCAAAGGACUUCUAGAGGGGUGGAAAAUAAAUGUGUAAAGUGCAAAAACCAAUUGAACAAGUUGUGUGCAAGACAUGUUAUAGAUAAAAGGAUUAGCGUAUCGCUUUUAAAUGUGUGCAUGCUCUCCUUAGAGAAAACAGCAUCUGAUUCAAAGGGGGGUGUAUACACUCUUGAGUAUUCUCUGCCAAAGUAGGUAAUGAAGGAGGUGAGCAGACUCCUGUUUGCCUUCUAACGAAUUGACAUUCUCCUCGACCACUCGACCCCUUAUCGGUUUCCAGUUCAUGCAGGAGAGGAGGACGGAGGAAUCGAGGAGAGGAUGGACUUUUUCCAAUUGAGAUCCUUCAAAAGACCCAAGUAAUAAUAAAUACAUUUAUAAUGAUAACAAAUAUGGUUGAUCUUAGUAAAAUGUCUGCUUCUUUAAUUUCCAUGAUCAGUCUUUACAAUAUUAAUUUGUAUGCAUGUAUUUUGUAUACUUUUCUCUAGUCAACAUUGUGUAGCACACAGGGAUUCAUAUUGAAGGUGUGUUCAUUACAACCUCUACUUUCUUGUCAAAAGACAUGUCAACAUGAGGAUUAGAAUUAAAAAAUACUUUCAACCCAAUGUUCAUCUACAGUGCAUAUGCUUGUCUCACUCUUGAUUUUCAACCCAUCCAACAGACAGAGGCCUUGUUACAGAGUGUGGUUUACCUUUGCAUAUCACUUGCAACUGAAGGCCCCCUUCAACAGGAAGCUACUGUGGUCUUCUGAGUAAGAAGACCACAUCUGUGCUACUGCUCAGAACUUUGUUCCAUUGGCUGCAGCUACAAAUAGUAUUUGGGUGAAUACAGUAAAAUAAGCAUUUAUGAACCUAAAUGAUCUAUAUGUGUCAUGCACUAAAAUAACCUGGUUUAUUUGCAUGAAUAUGCUUCAUAGUUGUUAAUAAUCACAGAAAAAGCUGUCUACAUGAACAUAAUCUAAGUACUUGUGAUUGUUAUAACAUGUGAAUAACAUAUAAAAUAAAUUAAGUACCAGUUUAAAUGUAACACUAUAUUAAAUGUUUUCAGAUAUGUAUCAAAUUAAAUGGGAAGAAUUGAAAGAGGCACAGCUACUCAGACAGGAAGUGACCUAAUCGAUUCCCUCUGUGUCUGAACUUAGUUGCAGAGGUUUGCCAUUUACCUUACUCACGUAGUAGCUACUGAAUGUAUGUGCCUGAUACUUUCACUUACAUUUCUGAUACCACUCACCACCAUAUAUUAAAAUACAGAAAAUGUUCUUGGUCAAAACUGAUGGCUGUUUUUUCUGGAUGGUAUUAUGUUAUACCUCUGUUGCUUCAAUGGGUAACAAACGUUGCCAUGACUCCUGUAACACAUCCACCCUCCAGGCUCCACUGGGCUCUGCGGUGCUCUUGUCAUGCAGCUUUGGGUCUACCUCUCUGGGCAUCAGCCCUGGCCAUGGAUGGGUGGUGUGGAACCAGAUCUCUGGUUCUGGUGCCAGUCUGGUCAACAUCACAUCCUCUGGGAAGGUGGACUUUCUGGACCCUAGGAAGGGCAGAGUGAAGGCUUUCCCCAAUCAGGGAGGUCUGGGGAACUUCUCCAUCAGAAUCGAUGCCCUUCAGGCCUCAGACCUGGGUUCCUACUGCUGUGAGCUACAGAGUAAUGACCAGUGCCAUCGAGUGGAAGUUGAGGAACUUGAUCAAGACAGUACAGAUCUGCAAGUGUUGUUUUUCAGCGUUGGUGGUGUGGCCGUCCUCAUAGUGCUCCUGAGUGGCUGUUUCUGCUGGGUGAAAUGGACACGAUCCAGUACACUUCCUGAGGACGUUGCGUGUAGUGAUGAUGUUGGGAGAGACGUGGCACAGAAGAGAGGUAAAAAACGAGCCGCCAAUGAGCGACCUAUCUAUGAAAACAAUGAGCACGAUCCAACCAGAAUGCAGCAUGAACCGACCAGAACUCAGCAAAAUCCAACCAGAAUUCAGCAGGAUCCAACCACAAUUCAGUAUGAUCCAACCGGAAUUCAGCAUGAACCACCAAGAAACCAGCACGAACCACCAAGACACCAGCACGAACCAGCUAGAUACCAAAAUAAACCAGUGAGAGAUUUGAGUGAGAAAAGAAGAGGGUUUCAUAGAGAACUCAUGAGCAGAUUGCGCCAAUCAAGUCUCGGACAGCAUUACUAUGCAAACCAAGCAGAGAUCAAUGAGCAAGCCAGAGCUCAGAUCGACAGCCACCAAAGAGCAAACGAGGCAGAGACCAACCAGGAGGGAAGAUUCCAAAUGGACAACCGCCAAAGAGGAAGCUUUUGGAGAAAGAAACCCAAAGAUAAAUGUGAAUAUAAAAACCCUAUCUACAACAAGAGUACAGACCAAAUCAACAAAUGAUGGGGAUGAUGAGGAUACUGGGUCUCAACACCUUGGUCUCCUUUUUGUUUGGGUUCUAUUUUUUAAAUAAAGUAUUGUCUUGAAAGUGAAACAAAUAUGAAAUAAAGUGAAAUAAUUUUUGCUUCAA